AGCGCGUGCGCAUUGCUUACCUUGGAGACCAAAACAGCGGAAAAGAUUGUUUUGUAUAUAUCCAUUAAAACUGUCCAAAACACGAUGGGAGAUGCUACUGAAGAGAAGAAAGCGGAUGCGUCAGAUGCAAAAAGAGUAGUUCAUACAUAUCCUUUGAUACGGCACUCCGACAUGAAUGAUGAAAUGAGAACAGAAGCUAUGGAAUUGUGUGUUACUGCCUGUGAGAAGUUCUCAUCAAACAAUGAAAGUGCAGCAAAGAUGAUUAAGGAUACAAUGGACAAAAAGUUUGGUGCUUCUUGGCAUGCGGUAGUCGGGGAAGGAUUUGGAUUUGAAAUUACACAUGAAGUGAAAAACUUACUUUACAUGUUCUUUGGAGGGAACUUGGCUAUCUGUAUUUGGAAAUGUUCUUAGGAUAUCGCUUAUAGAAAAAGAACUUGUGUGUAUGGUUAAAAUGAAUUAAUUCCUGCUGUAAACGUUCUUCACACACUAUAUGUUGCAUUGCUGUUGUAACAGCAAAGGGAUUUGAUAUUCAGUAACUUUGCUAAAAUCAAAUAAUGAAAACUGUGGUUUUCUUAUAUUGUUUUAAGUAAGAGAUUUCUAUGUUUAUGGAAUAAAUAAGCAGAAAUUAAUUUAUUAUAACAGGUGGAGUUUGAAAAUUUCACAAAGUGAAGAACCAUUUAAUGACAAAAUUUUUGAUACAUUUCUGCCAAACACUGCUGUGGUAUUUAUUUGAAAUUCAAAACUAGUUCAGGUCUUCACAAAUUAUUUAAGGAUAUCUUUAAAAAGAGUUUGAAGGCAGAAGUAUAUGCUAUGCAAAGCAGU